AUGGGCUUCACCACGGGAUUUCUCGGAGGGGUGACGUUGACAUACUCGCUCCUGUAUUUCUCACUAUACAUACACCGGGCAAAUCGCAGUGUACAACGAUCGCUCCUCUCUCAACAAGCGACAUUACUCAAUUCAGUCGUCGAGCCUCCCCCGCCCCUACCGGAACCACCGGCCUAUGAAGUGCGAAGAGCAGGACUCGUGGAGGCGCUCAAGGACCGAUGGAACAGCGAAAUAGAACGGGUGGUGCGCAACUUCGAGGAGACUGACUGGGCAGAGAAGCGCGCUCUCCUUGAAGAGCAGGCAGCUAUUGUAUGGGGAAAAGUGAAAUCAUCCGAGUCGGCUCAAAAUCUGGAGACCAAGACCGAAGAGCUUGAACAGAAGCUCAAGGACACCGUGACUCGGGAGACAGAGAGGGUGAAGGAUGUCGUCAGUCGUGAGACCGAGAAGGUGAAAGAAGUGGUCUCCCGUGAGGCCGGGAGAGCCAAGGAUGCGGUCGCCAGUGGUACAGACAAGGCGAAGGCUACCGUUGAGGACAAGGUCCAGGAUACCUUUGGCAGAGAACCGCGGCUUCUGGAGCUGAAAUGA